AGCUGUCACGAGGUGUGUAAGGCUUACUUACGUAUUUUUUUAGAUUAAAAUUUAUUGUUUACAUGCAUUUGUAAAAUCGGAGAAAUCUGGUCAAGAUUAUUCGACCACCGCCCAUUCCUAAAUGGUGAAAUAAAAUUUAUGCUGAAAGAGUUUGAGGAGAAGCGUGGAGACAGGGAAGUAGAAAAUUUGUUUGCUAUACUUGAGAAACUAACUGAUAUAAAAGACAGCCAGGCAGAAAAGAUUAUCAAAAGUGGAGAAACGGGUCUUCCAGUACUGAAAGAAAAGUUACAACAAGCGUUACUGCUCAGUGACGAAGUAGAGAAAGAUUAUCUGGAAGCACGCAAGGAGCAUGAUAAACGCAGAUUAGAACUCAAAGAAAAGAGACAAGUUGAAUGGGAUCAGUUUAUUGAUGAUAUGAACUUCAAAUGUCAAAGAAUAGACAAUACAUUUGAAGAAAAAGAAGAAGAACUAAGAGAUUUGUAUGCUGACCUCAACCAUAAACUAAAUAUUGCUAAAUAAAAAAUGGAUUCCAUAGGAUCGCUUGUUGAUACCAAACUUAAGAUCUUCCCAUCCACAAAUUUAUUAAAUUAUCUUAACACUAUAUCUAUCGAUGAUAAAACACCUAUAAAUAUUGCAAGACUGGUUAAAGGAAAAGAAUAUGAAGGAAACCACAAGACAACCAAAGAAGAUACAAAUAAGACUCCAGUACAUCUCAAUACCAAUGAUAUUGAAAAUCUAAAUAAAAUAAAAGCUAUUAUUGAGGCAAAAAACGACAAACAUACAGAAGAAUCUGAUGAAAACUCCUCUAAAUAUGAUGUUAUCGAAGAAGAGAAAACUGAGAAGGACACUUCCAAAGAGGAGAGUUCAGAAAAAAAUAAAAAGAAUGAAACUUCCAAAAAGACAGAGCCUGAUGAUAAAUCUGGAGAGAAGCAGAAGCUUAAUAAAGAGGAUCCUGAACAAGAAGAUAAAUUGUAUAUAACUACUGCUGAUGUAGACUGGUUGUACGCACACCUCCAGCAAAAAAGAAAAUCAAAUGUAGAUGGUGACAAAACUGUACCAUACUUACAUGUUUUAUUAGAAGGAGCUUCCAUUGAAACUCCUGAAAACCAAGUACUUAAAAGAGAUCCCGUUCUUGAGGCAAGGUGCGUCAAAUUAAGGGCUCAACAGGAGGCAAGGGAUUAUCGAAAGAUGACGAAAUCUGUUGAUAAUGUUAGAAUGAGGUUCCCCGAAGAUAGUAUUUCUUAUCAAUUGAAACAAAUGAAUCGCCAACUAAUAGCAAUUGGACAGUUCAUCAUUUCAAUAUUUGCUGGAUUUCUCUUUGGAUUCAGAGGAGUCGAGUGGUUGGUGGGCAAUCUGGACUUUGGUUUCAGGCUAUUACUAGGCGUUAUGUGCGCCUUGGUAAUUGCUCUUGCAGAAAUAUACUUCUUAGCUAAAAAGUUAAAUGAAGAAUUGAAUAUACCAGAAACUGUUCAAUUAGGUGGUCCACCUAAGUUUGCAGAUCAACCACAAUAUUAUGUGCCAAAACCAUCUAACAGCGUGGCAAAUAAGGAGCACCAGGAUUAGACUAAGAUUUGUUUUAAGUACAAUAAAUAUUAAUAAUAUUAUAUAUCAUUGAGUACAUGUUAUAUAGGUUCAAAUGUGUUAUAAACUUAUUAUUUAUUA